AUGGGUGCAACUAUAUUCGAGGCCCCUCCCCAUGAUCCUUCAAAGUCGCAGAUUGAGAACGUCCUCGAGCUCACGCCAGUGACAGAUAUCGGACCGGAUGUCUUCACGAAUACCAGGCCGCUCUGGCACCCUCCAGGCGCUCGAGGUAUCUACGGUGGCGCCGCCAUAGCCCAAUGCCUUUCCGCCGCCCAGAGGACGGUACCGCCGGAUUUCUACCCUCAUAGUAUGCACUGCUACUUUGUCCUGUCUGGAGACUCACAAUUACCGGUUCUAUACCAUGUUGAGCGAGUUCGUGAUGGACGGAGUUUUGCAACCCGAACAGUCCAAGCUCGACAGCAGGGACGGCCCAUAUUUACCACAACCCUAAGUUUUGACCGUGAAGGAAGCGGAGGAGAGAAGCAGAUCAAACAUACCAGGAAGAAGCCGGAUGUUCCCCUGCCAAAGCAGCCAGAGGGAUUUGGCCGAGGUCGAGGCCCGUUCGAGUCUAGACAGGUUGGCAUGACGAAUAGAGAUUCCCCCCACGCUGCGGACAGGUCCUUGCAACUAUUUAACAAGGCUCGAGGCACCAUAUCUGCAGAAGGUGGCAGACAGGCCCAUCUAACGGCCUUAGCUUACAUGUCGGAUAGCUACUUCAUCGGCACCGUGUCUAAGGUUCACAAUAUCCGCCGCUUUUCGUCGCCGGGUGCUAUAGAUAAGGCUGCUGCAGCCCUCAAGAAGGAUACGGGCGUUGAAGAUGAGCUAGUCAAAAAAUACCUUCAGGAUCUAGCGGAGCAAGAGGAACAGGAGUUAAAGCUAUCAAAACAGACUUCAGCCGACCCCAAUAUGGAAAUAGGCAUGAUGGUCAGUCUGGAUCACACGAUAUAUUUCCACGACAGGCGGAAGUUCCGUGCAGACGAAUGGAUAUUCGCAGAGAUGAGGACUCCAUGGGCUGGGGCCGGCCGAGGCCUUGUCCUGCAGCAGAUGUGGGCUCAAGAUGGCACCCUGAUCGCGACAUGCGUGCAAGAGACGGCUGACCAUUUGACGCAGGGAGUCGUUCGACUUAAGCAAGACAAGCCCCCAAGCAGCAGCAAACUAUAA